UGAACUUGUGAGGAGACUCUGAGCGGAUUACAGAGACAGCCAAGAGUUAUUAUUAUUUUUAAAAAAAAUCUGAACUCUGGAUGAAGAGUUGAAGUGAAGAUGACUCUGGAGGUGUGUGGAUGAUGGGGCGUCACUCUGGUUUUAUUUUGUAUUAUUUGUGUUUUGGACACCUGAGUGCGUGAAACAUGAUACACGGGGUGAAUGAGAUGAAGUGGAGGAGGCAGAGACGCGUCCGCGAGCCCACACCUGUCGUCUGAACUGUCGGACGGUGCCGAUGGAGAUGGAGCCGCUUUUGUUUUGGCUGUACAAGAGACGAGCGGUGGACGAGUAUCUGAGUGAUUUCGGGGUGAUCUCCAGGCUUUCCUUUGAGCUCAAUGACAGGGGGGUUUGACGGGGGGAAAGGUGGAGGGAUGGAGAAUGCCAGUCAGCUCAAACCGACGCCUGUCACCUACGGGGAGCUGUUGAACAUCUCCACCAACUACACCCAUGCCAAUUUCACGUCGAAAGCGGAGGAGAAAGACGGCAACCUGGCGUUCCAGGCGGGUCUCGCGGUGACCUUAGCCCUCAUAACUUUCGCCACGACGCUCUCCAACGCGUUCGUCAUCGCCACCAUCUACCAGUCCAGAAAGCUCCACACCCCGGCCAACUUCCUGAUCGCCUCCCUGGCCGUCACGGACCUCCUCGUGUCCAUCCUGGUGAUGCCCAUCAGCGCGCUCUACACGGUCAGCCAGACGUGGACGCUCGGGCAAGUGGUGUGCGACAUCUGGCUGUCCUCGGACAUAACGUGCUGCACCGCCUCCAUCCUCCACCUGUGCGUAAUUGCGCUGGACCGCUACUGGGCCAUCACGGACGCGGUGGAGUACUCCAAGAAGCGCACGCCGGCGCGCGCAGCGGGCAUGAUCGCCACCGCCUGGGUGAUCGCCAUCUCCAUCUCGCUGCCGCCUUUCUUCUGGCGCCAGGUGAAGGCGGAGGAGGUGACGAGCUGCAACGUGAACACCGACCACAUUUUCUACACCAUCUACUCCACCUUCGGCGCGUUCUACAUCCCCACGCUGCUGCUCAUCGCGCUCUACGGCAGGAUCUACGUGGAGGCGCGGAAGCGCAUCCUGAAGCAGUCGCACAGAAAGCCGGGGAAGAGGCUCACCUCCGCGCACCUGAUCACCAACUCCCCCGGCUCGGUGGCGUCCACCACCUCCCUGAACUACGGGACGAAUGACACCUCCUCCUGUGACACUACCUCGUCCGCGAACGUGAGCCAAGUCAAAGUCACUGUGUCCGACGCGCUGCUGGAGAAGAAGCGCAUCUCCGCCGCGCGCGAGAGGAAGGCGACCAAAACUUUGGGAAUAAUCCUGGGAGCCUACAUCAUCUGCUGGCUGCCGUUCUUCAUUUACACCCUUCUAGUGCCUGUCUGCGAGUCCUGCUUCCACCCGGAGCUAUUCGACAUCUUCACCUGGCUGGGUUACCUCAACUCGUUAAUCAACCCCAUCAUUUACACCAUGUCCAACGAGGACUUCAAACAGGCGUUCCACAAACUAGUCCGGUUUAAAUGCUGCAGGGCAUGAACGACGAUCACCAGCCAUAAUAACAUCCCCACCCCACCCCUCUCCCUCAGCACCCAUCUCUGAUCAUCUGUAUAAUGCCAGAAUUGAAUCCACUCCACACACACACACACACACACACACACAAAUCCGUCACUCCCCAGGUUCUCCCUGAGGGCGGCAUACCAGAUAGUUUAUGAUAAUGUGGCUGCAGAAUGGGCUUCAGGGCUGUGGGGAUGUAUUGACCUGCCAUCCAGUCUGCAUUUCAUGUGCUUAUGAACCGGUGGAUUAUUGUGAGGAGUCUGAGGAGAAGCGUCAGCGGAUGUGAUGAGGUGGGAGCUGUGUAUAGUGUGAUCAUAGAGACUUGGAGAAAGCCCAUAGCCCCAGAUGCAGGGGCCCCGCCUGUACGUGCUGCACUGGACUGCAGCCUACAGACUCACUUUGCCAUAUGAGUUUGACAGUCAACGUCAGUUGGCUUGUAAGCACAAACAAGCUUAGAACUAAGCUACCAUGAGCCCCGCGGGCAAAAAAUAAGAUUUGUGUUUCAUUUUCCUGAGUCAAUAAGGGGAAAUACUGGUGCCUACAACACGUUUAGUUCAGUUCCUCAGAUGUGCCUGGCCCAGACGGAGAGAAAAGCAUGAUUUGAGUUUGGGGAAAAGACAAAUUUGGGUGAUUCUCGUGGCCAGUGUGUGUAUUUCCUUUUUCCUUUUCUUGCUGUGACUGAUGUUCACUUUAAACAAAGGCUCCAAAAUGAGUGUAAAUGUACGAAUCUGUAUGCAUCGGUGUGAUUUUUACCUUGAUUUCCUUAAGAGUCUGGAUUUCGCUCAGUCCAGUGGGUAUCACACUGUAACAUAGUGCAAAGUGACCGACUCUGGAGGGAGCGAAGAGCCAAUUCUGUCGACCAGACCUCUUGUUGAAGGUGCAUUCUUAACUGUUGAUAUUAGCUUCGAUGUUCCAUUUCAUGUCAGGCUUAACAAGCCCGACUACAAAUCGAAUCACACAGGGUUGACAAUGACCAGGAGGGUGUCUCUGUAUGGAGGACCAAAACUGCCAAAAUGAGAAAUAAAUAAAAGACAUUUGGGCUA